AUGGCGUCAGGUUUGGACGACCAGUAUAAUUCCGUUGAAUGGCAAACAUUUCCCCACUUGGAAAGUUCAGUGUCGAAUGGCACUUAUGAGAGAUGGUGUAUGGGUGUUCAUUUGUUAGCAAUUUCACCUGAGUCAUAUGAUAUACUGGUUAAGGCGUUGGAGGCAAAUGUUGAAGUCCCUAAAAUGGAAACUGUGACCGAACGUUUGUUGCAAGAAGAACGUAAAAUGAAGGAGAGAAGUGGAUCUGAGACUAAUGAUGAAAUGAAAGCUAUGUUUGCAAACAGACAGUCUAAAGGCAAGGGUCCCAAAUGUUACCAUUGUGGAACGUUUGGAUACAUUAAACGAAACUGUCGAGAACUGAACACCUUAAAACAUGAUGGGGACAAAAGUGAGUUUAAUGUGGGUAUUGAUAACAAACAUAAAGCUAACACUGCAGCCAAAUCCAGACGGACAGGCAGCAGCUCAGAUAGUGAUGAAGUGGGAUUGAUGGUUAAUCAUGCAUUUAGUUCUGUAAAUGGGAGAACAAAUACACGGAUAGUUGUUUCUGGAGCAACUUGUCAUAUGUGCAAUGAUGUGAGUCAGUUUCUGAAAUUGCAUAACUUGGAAAAGCCUGAAGAUGUUACUCUUGGAGACGGUCAUGUUGUCAUAACAACUGGACGAGGAGUCGUUAAAACAGAAAUAGAGUCUCCAAAUGGCCAAAAGAGAAAGAGUUGUGUACUGCAAGAUGCUUUUAAGUUCCAAGCUUAUCGUAUAACCUAG